GCUUCUCUCACAUCUGACCAGAGAAAGUUUAAACUCUCCCCUCAUCGGGAAAGAUGCUGAUGUAAAGGAACAGACCGCAAGCUAAAACGUACUCAUAGAAAACUCAAGAGCAGAAAGACAAGAUGACGGCCAUCGAGAGUAAAGAGGAGAUCAGCGACACAGACAGUGGGAUUAUCCUGCACUCUGGUCCUGACAGCCCCACAUCCCCAGUGAAGGACCUCACCACCCACACCAGAGCCCUGAAGCUAAAGCACCAGUCUCUGGAGGAGCGCCUGGAGAUCUGCCUGCUGGAGCUCCGAAAACUCUGCAUCAGGGAGGCAGAGCUGACAGGCGUAAUGCCCUCAGACUAUCCAAUGAUGCCAGAUGAGAAGCCACCCCGGGUUCGGAGGAGGAUUGGAGCUUCAUUCAAGCUGGAUGAAGGCCUGAUCCAUCUAGAUAAACAGGAUUCAGAGUUGCAAGCACUAGAAACUGACUUGGCUCUUCAGCGGCAGAUUUAUGAGGCAGCCCGCAAGCUGUCCCUCGAGGAGAACCUCAGUAAACCACAGAAGAAGAGCCGGCUGCAGCAGUGCAAGAGGGAAGAGAAGAAAGUGAAGGAACUGCAGGAGGCCGUGUUCCAGCACAGAAUCAAGAGUGAGUGCAACUCACCAAGCGUCACCAGCCAGAACAAAGAUCUGUGCAUGUCUGACGACAGCUCCCUCUCUGAUGUGGUGGCUCUGGAUGAUGAUGUGGACACAUCCAGCCCCCUCUCACCCCCAGUGUUGGAUGCUUCAUAUUCAGACCCCCUCCAGCUGUCAGCCCAGACCGUGCAGCUUUCCAGCCAGUCCUCAAACCAGCUCAGCGUGGAGCACGAGUCCUCUCCCAUCCAGAACUCUCCUUGGAAAGAGUCCAGUCUGGACCAGCCUUACCAAAAGGCCACCAAACCUCAGUCUGCCUGUAGCAGCAGGUCCAGUAGCCCGGCAGCAGCCCAGGUGUCUGCAGAGAGCAGCAGGAUUCCUCUCACUCAGUUUGUCAAGAACUCUGCCCUGCGUCAGAGCAGCUCCACCAGCGCGCCCUCCACCCCAGAGCUAUUCAUACGCCGACAGUACUCCCAGUCCUUUAGACUUCCGAAAAAAAAGCUAUCCGACACGGAGCGCUUCAGUUCAGAGAACAGUCGAGGUCGAGCCAGGUGGCCCCAGCGACGCUGCGUGGCUGACUUCAUGGUGCGUUCUCCAGAGUACUCUCCCCUGCGUCCCUACCAGUCCAGCUCCGAGGACAGCAGCUCGGAGCAUUCUUCAUCCUCCUGUAUCAGCUCUCCUAGCAGGGACAGGCCAACGGAGGUCCCUAAACUCUGCCCGCCACCUUAUGGAUUCCACUUUGGAGCGCAGAAGAAAGGACCCUCCCAAUUCCCCAGCACACACAAAAACACGACCCCCAGCUAUGUUAAAGCUGCAGCAGAGGAUGGCCCCCUCUCCCCGCAAGAUCUGGACAUGGGGAAGCGCUUCGUGUCUCCUGUGGCGCGCAGCACUCAGCAAAGACAGUGGCAGGAAGGAACAACUUCACCGAGGAGCAUCUUAAAGCUGCCUCCGCCUUACACCAGGCUCGUGCGGACGCCCUCGCUGAAAGAGUACCCAAACCACGCCGUGAGGCUGAUGCCCCGGGAGGUCGUGUCAGAGGAGCUGAAAUCCUGGCAUCAAAGGAACAAGCUGCAGAAGCUACGGCCAAGCUGCGGAGAACAGCAGAGCAUUACAAGCCCCACUUCACCUCUGCCUCCUUUUACACAGGGUUUGGGUAAUGUGAUUCUCCAGAGAGCUGCAGACGGGACUCCGCUCCAGUGGUUUGUAGCUGAGGAUGCUGAAAUUGUGAGCCAGGUGUAGCUGACACCCCGAGCUCCCUGCAGUAUGAUGAAUUACAUCUUUUAUUUAUUGAGUCUUUGGACUGUCUGUGAGAUUGUUUGUUGACAAAAUGCAGAAAACAUGGACCUAUUGGUAUCAGUAAUUAAUUUAAUGUAAGGUGAUAUGCCAGUUUUAUUUAUUUUUAUCUGUUUGGUAAUAGAUUUGAGGUGAAUUGAGUCUGAUACAGUUUCAUAGCUAUUUCAAAUGGACCACAAACCUGCUGUUAUUUGAAGACUUCCUUUGUGGCUGGAACACAUUUUGCACAUACAGUUCACCCGCAGUAGUUUUAAAAUAGGUUUCCUCAUUCCUAAUAUAAUUUUUUUGACUUAUAUUCUAUAUUUAUUAUUUAAAAAGCCUUCUUUGCCACAUAGACUUAUUACUAAAACUAUGAUACACCAGCUCUGAGCACGCACAGCAAUGAGUUUUUAAAGGUAUAUGUAUAGAUAUACAUAGCGAAAUCUGUCUUGUAAUGACAUGAAGUGAGCUGAAUCUUAACAUUUGAAUCUUGCUAUUAACUCCUAUUAAUCACUGAUGCCUUUAAUGGCAGUUUGGUGAAAGUUUUCACUCCAGUAUGGGGUUUUCUUACUA